AUGGAUGGCCCUGAGGAUGUUUGUGAAACAGUGAUGCCACAGGCUGCUGAUGAAGAAGAUAACAGAACAAGCCAUGACGCUAAUGCCCUUUUGGACCGAGUGAUGUUUGAUGAGCUCACGUUUCCUUCCUCUAGAUUAAACAUCCAAGGCUCUACUAACUCAGAUGAGGGCUCUCAAGGUGCAUCUUCAUCAGAGCUAUUGACCUCGAGAGCAGCUUCUUCAGCGGAGACAUCUCUUCCCAAUAACCCUUAUGAUUACGAACUGGAGAGGCUGUGCCGAGAAGAAGAGAGGUUAAAGAAGAACUUUGAAGAAAGGACAUUAGAACUGAUGGCUGAGCUGGAGAGGAAGAUGAGUGAAGCACGCAACGAGUAUGAGAAGAAACUAAAAGAGGUAGAUGAUGAAUACAAGACCAGAUUGAUGGAGGAAGAAGCCAAGAAGAGUAUGGUAGAGAAGAGCAAUCUCUUGGCGAGCGCUUACAUGUAUAAAACUAGUGAUACUAGUGAUGUUGCUGCUUUAAGAGCUAAAGUCUCUUCAACUCAGCAGCAGCAGCAACCUUUACAAACAGACUCACAUGUGUAUUCAACAUCUCCUCCUCCAUCAAGUCCUCUUUCGCAUUGCACCAUCACUCAAACAACAGUAGCAUCUCAGCAAGGAGGAGAAGUACAAGCAGAUACACACAUGGAUUUGGAUACAACUGCUCUCCCUCCACCUUCAGUCCCGAAUCUUUCAGCUUCUCUUAGGCGCGGCAACAGGACUCGACAACCACUGACAUCAUCUCAGCAAGGAGGAGGAGUGCAGACAAACGCACAUGUGGAUCCAACUUCUCCUCCUGGACUCUCACUCACAUCAGCAGAAGCUUCAGUGCCAAAUCUUUCAGCUUCUCUUUCGCAUUUCCCGCGCGGCAACAGGACUCAACGAAGACAGAUAUCCCAGCAAGCUCCUCCUCCACCUUCAGUCACAGCAGCAGAAGCUUCUAUCCUAAGCCCACCAGGUCCUCUUUCUCGACCAAGACAGAUAUCUCAGGAGCCAGCAUUAGUGGAAACAGACACACAGAUGACUCCAGCAGUGGAAGCUUCUAAGACUCCUCAGGCAAGACCACACCCGCCAGUGAUCUCCAAUCUAACUCCAUCUUCUCUGGCAGCUUCUUCUCCGUUUGUUCGCGCUCCUGCUCCUCAUAUACAGCCUUUUCGAGCGUCUCCUGCCCUAACAAAAACAUAUCAAAGACAAAGAACGUUGGUUCAAGAAGUGCAACAAGAACAUGGCUUGGUCUAUCUUUCUGAGGACGACGAGUGA